GUGGGUGUGACGUCAGAAGAAAGCGACACGCAUGGCGGCGCUCAGUACGAAGACGCUGCUGAGGGCGGUUCGGUCAUCGUUCGGACUGUCCAAGCUGUCGGCGGCGCAGGGCUUUCUCGGACCUAGAAGAUGGCGGUCACAGCAUCCCGAGUUGUUCACCCCCAAGGAUGGUUACUAUGACGAUGAGUGUUAUUCUGCCCUCUACAAGACGCACAUCCCCACUAACCCCCUGCAGAAGGGGCUUCUGGCUGUGGGAGCGGGCGUCAUGGCCCUUUGGGACCCUUAUCGUCACGACAUGGUUGCAGUUUUAGGGGAGACGACGGGUCACUUGGCCCUUCAGAGAAUACGAGAGAAGAUGAGAAACGACCCAGAAGGAAACCAAAUACUGCAGGAGAGACCCCGAAUCCGCCUGAGUACCCUUGACCUGACCCGACUCGACGCGCUGCCAGAUGGGACCUUUGGAAAGGAGUAUCUGCAGUUUCUGAACGUCAAUAAGGUGACUCCAGACUCGAGGGCAGAUGUGAAGUUUGUGGACGACGAGGAGCUGGCAUACGUCAUUCAGCGCUACCGUGAAGUCCAUGACUUUGUGCACACGCUGCUGGGGAUGCCCACUAACAUGCUGGGCGAGGUGGCUGUGAAAUGCUUUGAGGCGGUACAGACCCGCCUGCCCAUGUGCAUUCUGGGAGCAGCCCUGGGACCGCUCCGCCUCUCUGCCAGGAGGCUGCAGAUUUUGACGACGACGCUGGUCCCGUGGGCGCUGACAAAUGGGCGCAAUGCUACCUUUAUGAUGAACGUUUACUACGAGCGCUACUGGGAGAUGGACGUGGAGUCACUGCGGGAGCAGCUUGGCUUAACUCCUCCACCGACCUUCUAGUGACAGCAGGGGGGCGGGCGGGCGUGAAGUGGGCAUGAAGACUGCAGCCUCGGGGUGUACAGAAGAAUGACUUUGGGAAAUGAAAGAGUUAAUAAAGCAGGAUGAGAUGUG